UCUACUUCACACUCCAGGACAGUAGAUGGCAGUAUGUCACUUGUAACAUACUUUACAACAGGCAAACCGACGCAAAAAGAAGAAGAUGAAGAAGACGAGUCAGGCAUUUACUUAAAGCGCGUGUUGGUCCUAGAAUGACAUUGUGGUAACAGCCAUGUACUUUGGGCAGCUGUAUAAGUUGCAUAGUUUUAUCUAAUAAAAUCGGUUAAACUGUGUCGCUAGUAAGUUAACUAGAAUUGCAUAGGGAUUAACGACGUAUUUCCAAGUUUGCGGGAAAAAUGGCUGGACCGGAGUUACUCCUGGACUCCAGUAUCCGAAUGUGGGUCGUCCUGCCCAUAGUGUUCAUAACGUUCUUCGUGGGAGUCAUUCGGCACUAUGUUACUCAACUCCUGCACAGUGACAAGAAAGUGGAACUCGAACAGGUGUCCGACAGCCAAGUCUUGCUGCGGAGCCGCACGUUGAGAGAGAACGGAAAAUACCUUCCCAAACAGUCUUUUGCCAUGCGAAAACACUACUUUAACAACACAGAAACUGGUUUCUUCAAGAAAGUCAAGAGGAAAGUCAUCCCUAAAAACCCGAUGACCGACACCAGCAUGGUGACUGACAUGAUGAAGGGAAAUCUGACCAAUGUGCUUCCCAUGAUUUUAAUCGGCGGCUGGAUAAACUGGGCCUUUUCCGGAUUUGUUACCACCAAGGUUCCCUUUCCACUGACUUUGAGGUUUAAACCCAUGCUUCAGAGAGGAAUAGAGCUACUGUCUCUUGAUGCUUCCUGGGUGAGUUCAGCCUCUUGGUAUUUUCUCAACGUUUUUGGACUUCGCAGUAUGUACAACCUUAUCCUGGGUCAGGACAAUGCUGCUGAUCAGUCACGGAUCAUGCAGGAGCACAUGACUGGGGCUGCCAUGGCCAUGCCACCCGAUCCCAACAAGGCCUUCAAGAGUGAAUGGGAAGCACUGGAGAUUGUGGAGCAUCAGUGGGCCUUGGAGAACGUGGAGGAGGAGCUCAUGUCCCGUGACCUCAAUUUCGGCGGGUUCUUCAGCCGUGAGCUCAAAACCACUAUGUUUUGACAGAAAAUGCUGGAAAAAGGUUACAGCCUGAAUGGCUCUGCUGCCCCGCC